AAAAUGUGAUUUUUUUUUUAUUAUUAACUUUUUAUAGAUAGUGUUUACACCCAUUUUUGCAAAAUAGUAUAAUGAUGCCAUGUGUCAUCCAUGUUGGCAGAUAUUUCAUAGUUGAAAGUUGUUGGAGUAAAUAUCUGGAUAAGGUUGAGUGGUUAUUUCCACAACUGCAGCAAGGUUGUUGGUUUGUUGCGAACUUCCAGGAGAAUAAUUGGCAGAAUCAACAGAAUAAUCAGUUUGUUUCAGAUUUCAUGUUGCCGUUGAUUGUCAAGUUGCUGCCACAGAUUUCCAAGCAUGCUGCCAAGUUUGUUUCAGAUUUCAUGCUGUCGUUGAUUGUCAAGUUGCUGCCACAGAUUUCCAAGCAUGCUGCCAAGGGUGUUUACUGCUAUAAAGAUGCAAAGAAGAAACGCAGCAAAGAAGACCAGCCUCUCACACAACUAGCCCAGCGCUAUCUACAUUUUAGUUUUACAAGCAAUGUCUUAGUUUAGAUCCAGUUUCCUCAAACACCUUUCCUAGUUAAGUCUUUAGCUCUACCCUGCCAUUAGUUUCAACUCUGAUUUUUGUUAUUUUGUUUUGAACAUCUCCAUUGAUGUAUUUCGUUUCCUGCAAUUCAAUUUACUGCACUUUGCCCCAAAUUCAUUUUUCUAGCUUCUUUUAAGUUUAGUUUUAUGCUUCAGCUUCUAUUUCGUUUUCUACGUUUUCAUACUUUUGCGGCGGCAUCACGCUUUCUCUUUGCAAUUUAGUUUUCUCGCCAUGAACUCUCUUUCUUCUCCUUUCCUUUAUUUUCCUCUUUUAUUUUAAUCAACAAACUAACAUUUC